AUGAAAAAAGUAAAAGUUGGCGAUACUAUUCUGAAUUUAGAUAAUAAUUCUUUGCCACUUACUUUCUCCUUUUCAAAAUUAAAUGGUAUUUUAGAUGGACAACGGAAAACAAAACCAGGCGAAGCUAAACCAUAUGAUACUUUAACUAAUCAAGAAGUUAAAUUAAUAUUGGAUCACAAUUUUUGCUCUCCAAAUAAUCUAACUGGACACAGAAGAUGGUUUUAUGCUAAAAAAGUAUCAGAUCAAGGUAGUAUCGAAGGAACGACAGACAUCUCGUGUUAUUUUAAAGAAUUAUUAAUUGAAGUUGAAUCGCCAAGAAUUGAUCUAAAGCAUGGAUCAAACGCAGGGAAAGAAAAAGACAUGACAUUUACUUUAGCUGUUUGUGAAAUUGUACAUCCAAAAAUAUCUGAUAGUGAUAAUACUCUUCGAAACAGUUAUGAAAAAUAUUGA